AUGCCUACACAUCGUGGCUUCUUGACAGCCUCUCUGGCGAAACUGGCACUCAUUGCACCAUUCUUGGCGCAGCAGGCCAUUGCCGGUGAUAUCGAGGCCCGGACCGUCGAAGUUGUUGCCACCACGUAUCUUGACCUGGGCCAUUGCCAAAAUGCAUGCACUACCAAGAAGUGGCAUGAGUGGCAGACACCAGGUCACGAAUCGCCGCCAUAUGCUACACACACCAUGCCUGCCAAAGAAGGUUGUGUGACUACAUCGAUAUCUACAAAGCACCCCGAGUGCCAAAAAUGUAGAGGAACUGUCUAUGUAUAUGUACCAAAGACGAAGCACCAUGCGAAGACUACCACGGUUACCAAGUCUGUUCACACCUCGACGCAGCACACCACUAAACCUACUACGGUCAAGACUUGGACCAGGCCCUCGUCUUCCAGCAAGCCUGUGACUGAGUCCAAGUCGUCUACCACCAAGAGAGAGCCAACAACUACAAAGAGAGAGACAACGUCUACAAAGAAGGAGUCGACUACUACAAAGAGAGAGCCAACGACUACCACAAAGAGAGAGCGAACGACUACCACAAAGAGAGAGUCGACGACCACGAAGACAUGGACAUGGCCUACUACAAAGAGAGAGUCGACGACCACGAAGAGAGAGUCAACGACUACGAAGAGGGAGCCUACGACUACUACGAAGAGAGAGUCAACGUCCACAAAGGCAGCGUCAACGACUACUAAGAGAGAACCAACGACCACCAGGACAUGGACAUGGACUACAACUAAACCACACUCUUCGACCAAGACGUCAGCUACGACGAAAGAGCCAACUUCAUCUUCAACGAGGACAUGGAUAUGGACAUGGACUUCAAGCAAGCCACACUCUUCCACCAAGACGUCGACUGCGACGAAAGAGCCAACUUCUACGAAGACAUGGACAUGGACCACAAGCAAACCACUCUCCACUAAGACGUCGACUGCGACAAAAGAGCCAACUUCCACCAAGAGAGAGUCAACGACUACAAAGAGAGAAUCAACAUCUACCAAGCGUGAAACGACUACCACGAGGACAUGGACAUGGACAAGCAAACCACUCUCGACCAAGACGUCGACUGCGACAAAAGAGCCAACUUCCACUAAGAGAGAGCCAACGACUACAAAGCGAGAGUCAACGACUACCAAGCGAGCACCAACGUCCAGCAAGCGUGAAACGACUACCACGAGGACAUGGACAUGGACAAGCAAACCACUCUCGACCAAGACGUCGACUGCGACAAAAGAGCCAACUUCCACCAAGAGAGAGUCGACGACUACAAAGAGAGAAUCAACGUCCACCAAGCGUGAAACGACUUCUACAAAGCGUUAUCCUCGUCCCACUCCUCAUCGGGAGCCGACCGUCGGUGAUGCCAAUGCAAUGUGCGGCAAUCACCAGAUCCUCUCAUGCUGUAAUUCAAAAAAUAGCGGUGGUCUCCUAAACAAUGUGCUGGGCGGCCAAUGCUCACCCAUCAAUCUUGUUGGUACGUGA